AUGUGCAUAUUUCAGCGUCCUAGCAAGGCGAAUCUUCGAAUCAAAUUCCCAAGCUACAAAUCAGCCGGCGUGAAAUUCACCGAGGAAAAGAAUGAACAAGGACAUAAAUGCUUCCGAAUGAGCGGUGGCAAAGUUGAGGUAUUCCCACCGGGUCUUGACGGAAAUUCAAAAUACUACGUGCAUCUGGAGACACGUAUUGGUAUUCACGGUAAACCAGAAAGAUGUGUGAACGCAGAUAAAGAGGGUUGUGGUGGUAUCGGCUCAUGGUAA